GCGCUAUUUAUUCAAACCGCAUGCGCGAGAUCGACUAUGCCUACACGUUUUACAAAGACGCGCAAGCUGCGAGGCCAUGUGAGCCACGGUCACGGGCGUAUAGGUAAGCGUCGAAAGCAUCCCGGUGGACGUGGCAACGCCGGAGGAUUGACGCACCAUCGCAUCAACUAUGACAAAUGGCAUCCUGGUUAUUUUGGUAAAGUGGGCAUGCGUCAUUUUCAUUUGACGAAACAAAGGUACUAUCGACCGAUUAUCAAUCUGGACAAGCUCUGGACUUUGGUGAGCGAGCAGACACGGAAGACGUACGCUAAGCGUGAAGAUAAGAAGGUGCCAGUCAUAGACGUCGUCAGAGCGGGUUACUACAAGGUAUUAGGAAAAGGUCGUCUUCCGCAGCAGCCGGUCAUCGUGAAAGCCAAGUUUUUCUCACAACUAGCCGAGCAGAAGAUUAAGAAAGUGGGCGGAGCUUGUGUACUUACAGCAUGAGAACUGCAUGGGAGCUUCUUUUUCCGUGUGUACUGUACCUAUUCGUCAAUUUAAAUAUACAAAUCUACUGUA